UGCGAGCUUUUAUCAGGGGCAAGCUUAGACUCAUAAUACAAUUAUUGGGAAUUUGACCACUCCCAGCGAUUUACCCCCCCGUGCCCUUACGUAUGGCUUCCAGUUCCAACAUGGACAUAGAGGGCGCGACUCAGCACCUUCGGGACAUCUUAAAACUGGAUCGUCCCGGUAAUUCGGCCGAGCCCUCUUUGGUUGAGAGCCAGAGAAAAUCAUCUUUCAAUGGCGAGUUGAAUGGAGUUGUCGAAGCUGAGUUGAUCGGAACAGGUGGACAUGCGACAAUGGUGGAAUCGACUACUCACAACUCAGACGAGCUCAAUGGACAGGACACACAGAUCAUUUGUCUUUCGGGAGAUGAUGAGUCCACUUGUGUGCCAAUCAGAGCAAACAAUGUUGAAAUUGUGUCAAGUCGUGACUCUAGUAUUGACAGUAAGGCUCGGGGCAGCAAUAAGGUUAAAAUUCAGCCUGUGGCCAAAUAUGACUGGGAACACAAGUACUACUAUGGCAAUUUAAUAGCUGUGUCAAACUCAUACCUAGCUUAUGCCAUCAGAGGCACAAACAACCAUUCUAUGAUCCGUGUGCUCCACCUGGGUUCGACAGAGCGCUCCCUUCUGAAGGGUUUCACUGGUGCAGUCACAGACCUUGCCUUUGCCCACCUGGACUCCAACCUGUUGGGCUGCGUGGAUGAGGCUGGAAACAUGUUCAUUUGGCAGCUCACCAAUCAAAGCAGCAAAAUACUAGAUGAAGUGAUAGUUCACAUCCGGAGGCCUGACGACACACCCCUGAACUCCAACCGCAGACUUAUCUGGUGUCCUUUCAUUCCAGAGGACAAUUUUGAGAACCUAGAGGAUCCAUGUCAGACACUGGCACUUCUUCAUGAAGACAGAGCUGAGGUUUGGGACCUUGACAUCCUCCGAUCCAAUAACAGCACAUGGCCUGUGGAUGCCGCUGACUUGAAAGAGGGCUUCAUCACCAUUAGAGGGCACAGUGCACGCAUUAGUGAGGGAGCGCUGUCCCCUGAUGGGACUGUGUUGGCUACAGCCAGUCAUGAUGGAUAUGUAAAGUUUUGGCAGAUCUACAUUGAGGGACUGGACCAACCCAGAUGCCUGCAUGAAUGGCAGCCACAUAAUGGGGGUCCUCUUUCUUGCCUGCUCUUUUGUGACAACCACAAGAGGCAAGACCCAGAAGUUCCGUUCUGGCGCUUCCUCAUCACUGGAGCUGAUCAGAACCAGGAGCUGAAGAUGUGGUGUACAGUAUCAUGGACCUGCCUACAAACCAUCAGGUUUUCUCCAGAUCCAUUCAACAGUAGUGUGUUACCCAGUCUGAAGGCCAGUUUGGACCUAUCUGCAGAGUUUCUCAUCCUUAGUGAUGUUCAGAGGAAGGUGCUGUAUGUAAUGGAGCUGUUACAGGAUCAGGAGAAAGGCCGAGCCAGCUUCACUGCAGUUUCUGAGUUUCUCCUUACACACCCAGUGCUCAGCUUUGGUGUACAGGAUGUCACCCGUGCACGACUACGCCACACAGAGGUUCUUCCCCCUGAUGAGGAAAGCGAGAGCAUGACUACAGAUGGGAGCCAGGGACACUCGGAGUCCAAAUCAGGAAUCCAGAUUAAGCUCUAUUGUGUGCAUACAAAAUCACUACAGGAUGUGCAGAUCUGGUUCCAACCCAGUCAGGGGGCCUCAUCCUCCCUCUUUUUGUCUCAGUCUGGAUCUCCGGAUGGCUUUGGUUUCUGUGACCCCAUGGCAGAUCUGAAUGUGGAGGCAAUGAACUCUGAUAAGGAGUCUGGUGAUAGUGGAUCACAGAAUGACUUGAGCAAGAUUCUGCCUCUUCCAACUCCAGCUGACUUCAUGAGUCCAGCCCCAUCAGCCUUGCCCAAACUCAUGACCCCAGAUGCCUUCAUGACCCCCAGCGCCUCUAUGCCUGCCUCUCCCGGCAGCAGUGCCAGCAGCUUGACUAUUGUAACAGCCACGAGCAGCUCAGACAGUGGGGCAAGGUGUGGCGAUGAUUUUACCCAGAGUCCUAAAAUGUCUGUAGACUGUGGCAGCAGUAGCUUAAAUCUGAGUACAAGCAGUCCAAGAUCCAACUCCAUCCUCAUCUCAGGCCUUGGGGAAAACUUCCAGGUUCCCCCUCCAAACCUCCCUCUCUCCCUGGAUGUCCAAGCUUUAGAUCCCAUGGUGAUCCCCCAGGCCUCUCCUACGAGAGCUCGCUCGCCGGAUGUCAUCUCCUCCGCCUCUACAGCCAUGUCCCAAGACAUCCCUGAGAUCGCCUCGGAGACCUUCCAGAGGGGGUUGGCCAAUGCUGCUGCCGACCCACGUGACUCUGUCCCCGCUCUGCACUCUGACAGCAUGGCGUCAGCCGCAUCAGUCCUCCACCUGCUGUCACCGAGAGCCCGGAGCAGCACAGAGCACAGUUUGCUGCCUCUGGAGCGGGGUGCAGUGGCUAUGGAUGGGGAACAGAGACUCAGUAACACACCCUCCCUGCUAGAGACCGCUUUGUCACAGGAGAACGCAGUGGCGGCUGCCGUAUCCUGUUCUGACAGCAGUGUCAACCAUGCGUGGCCCGCAGCACCUGAUAUCACACGGGAGACUCGCAACAGCCUUAGAGACAAUGGCCUGGGAGACUGUUCUAGGGAGGAGAUGAAGGAUAGGCACAUUUCUUCUCCCUACCACAGACGCACAUAUCACCUGACUCAGAACGACAGUCAAGAUGCAAGUGCAGAGCAGAGCGAUCAUGAUGAUGAGGUUGCCAGUCUGGCCUCCUCCUCAGGAAACUGUGGCCCCCGGUCUUCUCACAGACUCCCUGUGAAAGACUGGAAAACAUCACCCCGCAGCUCCCCUAAGCUUAAAAGGAAGAGCAAGAAGGAUGAGUGCGAGUCUUCGCAGUCUAGACAGAUUGAAAGCCAGAUGAGCACAGAUGUCCAGGAUGAGCUCCUGCAGAUGUUGAGGAGCCAGCAGAGGGAGAUCGCCGAACUCAGACAGAGCCAACUGGAGCUGCUGCAAAGAGUCACCAGCCACAUGGACGCUGUGCAGAGCUCUCUCAUGGCUCACAUCGAGCACACCAUGCUGGCUCAGCAGGAACAAGAACAGAGAAGAAUGGAGCGAUUUCUGAAAGAUGGCCAAAGCCGAAACCAACAGCUUCAGGACCAGCUGGUUCAGCAGCUGGCCCAGUCUCUAAACAACAGUCUUUCCAACAGGCUGGAAAAAGUUCUGCGUGAAGAAUUGAAGAAGAUCGUUCCACAGACCAUUUCAAGGAUUCUAGAACCUGUGACUGGCCAGAUGAGCAACACCAUUGCUGCCAAGUUAACUGCAGUGGAAGCAACACUGAAGGAAAAUGUCACCAAAGUCGUUAAGUCCAAGAACACUACAGAUGCGAUUGGCCGUGCUGCUGCCGAAGCAAUGCAGGGCCCCAUCCAGGCAGCCUACAAAGAUACAUUCCAGAGCAUCGUGCUGCCUGUGUUUGAACGGGGCUGCCAGUCCAUGUUUCAGCAGAUCAAUGACAGUUUCAAACAGGGAACUCACGAGUACAUCCAACAGCUGGAGACGCAUAUCAAGAACAGGAAACAGCAGGACAAGGAUGCACAGGAUCCUGUGAUUGGUCAGCUGCAGCAAAUGAUUGACACACUCCAGACUUCCCAAGACCAGCUGGCAACCACUGUGACAGCCAGCGUGAGCUCUGAUGUCCAGCAUCAGCUCCACAUGAUCGUGGGAAAUUUGCAGGACUCCAUCCUGACGCAGGUGCAACGUAUAGUCAAGGGUGAGGUGAGUCUGGCCAUGAAAGAGCAGCAGGCAGCUGUCACCUCAAGCAUCAUGCAGGCCAUGCGCUCGGCCGCAGGAACGCCCGUCCCCACCGCACACCUAGACUACCAGGCCCAGCAGGCCAGCAUUUUGCAGUUACUACAGCAGGGCCAGCUCAAUGAGGCCUUCCAGCAGGCCUUGUCUGCAGCAGACCUGAAUCUGGUUCUGUAUGUGUGUGAGACUAUUGACUCUCAGCAAGUGUUCAGCCAGCAGCCCUGUCCACUCCAUCAGGCUGUGCUCCUGUCCCUCAUCCAGCAGCUGUCCACCAACCUGAGCACACGCACAGAACUCAAGAUCAGCUAUCUGGAGGAUGCUGUGAUGAAUCUGGACCAUGGAGAUCCAAUCACCAGAGAUCACAUGUCGGCAGUGCUGUCCCAGGUACGACAGAAGAUCCUCCACUUCUUGCAGCAGGACGCCCACAGCCCCCUGAGCAAGCGUGCUCGACGCCUCAUGAUGAUGCUUCAGGGCCUGGUCAACCACUAGUGCUCUGCGCUGACCCCCUCCUAAUGUCGCAGCUAUCGUCUUCACAAUCCCUCAGUCAUUGUUUUGCAGUCUCAUGGACGACCAUGAUCUCACCUCACUUCACCUAGAAUUUCAGUUGCUUUAUCUAUGCUGUGCAGCUUAUUGGCUCUUUCUGCAGUACUAUUGGGAGUUGUAGUCCAGAUUAAAGACUUUUAAAUUUGAUGUAUAUUGACUUGGACUACAUCUCCUCAUCCUGUCCUCCUUUCUUUCAGACUGACUAUUGUGUAUUCCAUCUUGUGUGGAAUUUUGAUUUUCAUUUUUCUGAAGUGAAAGAUUAAUCCUCAGUUUGUAUGCGGCAUCAAUAUUAAUGCAGGAUUGGGGGGAUAAAGUGUAUUUCAGUUAUUUUCAUUGUGGGUACUAUACCAGGAGAUCACAACAUAAUUUGUUUUGCUUUCAUCCUUGACACAGCAGGAACAAGACUGGAGAAUGAAAACUAUAAUGUGAACACUCAGUUUCUGUUAAAUAGAUUGUCCAUAGUUCUGGUUGCUUUGCAUUUUCCUUUCAGUUUUUCAUACUGAAAUACUGUCAAAUGCUGCAGACAUGGAGCCUCAUGAACAUUUACCUGUUUCUUGUUAAAGGUUAUAUUAGGCCACUUAUCCUUAUCUCACCCAGCAAUUUACUGAAAGAAACUAUUAUUUGGCAAACUUGCUGCAUUUUCGUAUCGGACAUGUCCCCUGAGUUUUUGUUGAGGGUUUUUUUUAAUUUUUUUUAUAAUCACGGCUGGGAAGGUAAUGCUAUAAGGACUUGAGUCAAGGUCACAGCUAGCAUUUUUGUUCUGGUGAAAGUUUGAAGUUCAGCUUCUGGACUAUUGCUCAAUCAGCCCACUCAAUUAAUACCAUGUUUUUCAGUUAACCGUGUCAAGGAAUGCCAACAAUAUUGAGUUAUUAAGAGUUUCUUCAAAAGAAGCCUGGAGUUACUUGGCUCUUUGGAGGUCGCAGUACGUCCAUUAGUCUCCAGAGUGCAGGCUUUUAUGUAUCUACUUUCUAAUUUUAUAUGCUGCUUCUGUGAUUUUCAGUUUUUCUGUGAAAUUACAGUACAGCGAAUGCAACUAGGUUUUUCUUUUAAAAUAAUAAUAAUGCCGUCGUCUUUGUGAAACUGUUCUUUGUUUUCUAUUCUCAAAUAUUUGAACGUGAACCGGCUGAAACUAGUUGAAUGCCCAUGUUCUGCUCUCUUCUAGUCAGUUGAUUGUAUUUGAUUUAGGCUGAGAUUGCCAACACUUGUUAUUUAUUAAGAGAGUUCUAUUUGGUCAUGCGCUCAGAUGGAGAAAGAACAGAAAAGGAAGUGCCUUAGACUAAUGUGUAUCAGAUACUGGUAAUCUGUCCUCAACCCAUGCUUGGUAUUUCAGACACAAUUAUGUGCUGAAUAGUAGGCGACCUCUAAAUCAUUUUUUUUUUCACUAAAGCAAGGAAACAAAGUUAGGAAUAGACAGGGUUGUUACUGAAACAUUUUGUUAAAAGUGCUGUAAAGCAACUGAUCUGAGUUUUUUUUUUUUUUUUUUUGGCCGUUUGGUUUAUUUUUUCAGUUUCAUUAGACUUUUGUGAUGAAGUGCAGUCUGUGUUGAUUGUGUUAACACAUUUGUUCCCCUGCCAUCUUUAUUUUUGGAGCUGUGUUAGUAUUAUAUCCAUGGCCAUUUGCAGCUGUCAGUGUGGCUCAUUAGAACAUUUUUACCAAGUGUAGGCAAUAUGUCCAUUUUGCUUCAUUCUCAUUUGUAAGAAUUGCACUGCAACUGACGAGCCUGCUCUGUAGUUAAGGGUAAUUCUGAGGCGCUAAUAAGAAAAUAUGCCUGCAUGCUACUGGUGUGUUAAAUUUAACCUGUUUUUACAAGAACAAAACCCCACUUUUAUUUUUCCAUUUGUAUUUUUUCUUUUUUGUGUUUGCAAAAUUUGUUGUAUAUUUUACACAUUUCUUUCAACCUAGAUGUUUUGGAAUAAAAAACA